GUUACCGCCGGGCAGCAGUCGUAAACGAGCGUGUACCGCCCCGGCACGGUCAGUCCGCGUUCGCGCACCGCAACGAGCACUCGUCCGCCGUGCCAGCAUGUACAAGGCGCUGACGUCGCCGUCACCGACGCAGCCGCCGCCGCCGCCACCACCACCGCAUUCGUCGUCGCCGAGACCGUUGAUCGCCGCCGCCCUAACCGUCAGAAUAUCGCCCGUGCUCUGACACGACGCGCGCACCGGUCCCGUUGUCCGUUUAUCGUUGGCCACCGAUCUCGCGCGUCUGACGUUUUUUUUUAAACCGCAUCACCACCGUGUCGUCCCCUUUAACCGGUCGUCGGACACCCAAUACACCGUUUCGUCGCCGCCGCGGUUGCUCGCGUGCCUCGCGCCACAUGCGCGCCGCCCGUCAGUGACCGCCCGCGCGACCAUGUGUGUGUUUUUCGCGAUACUCAUACUGAUCCCGGUAUGGCAUUCCGUGUGCGGCCAGCAGAUCCANGGUAACGGUUCGUCGGCCGCGGCCGGGCCACCGCCGCCGUUCAGCUACGACGCACCGGACGACUGCGUGUGGACGGUGCGCGGCGACGGCGACGAGGUGAUGUUGGCGUGCACGUUGCGCACCAUCAACAGCGAGAUGGACACCACCAACUUCUCGGCCAUUCCGUCCGAGCACACCGUGUCGCUGCUCAUUUCGUGCGAUCCCACCGUGACCGCGCACAGCUCCAUGCAGAACCAGAGCUUCGCGCACCUGGCCCGGCUUCGCGAGCUAGAGCUCGACUCGUGCAAGCUGACCGUGUGGCCCGCGUACACGCUCACCGGGCUCCACGACCUCCGCAACCUGACCUUGCGCACCGGUUUGUCCGAUUGGCCGGAUCACGCGGACACCACCCUGGAGAUCGCGGCCGGCAGCUUCGCGCACACCGGUCGCCUGGAGCGGCUCGACCUGAGCACCAAUAACCUGGCCGCGGUGCCCGUCAACACGUUCUGCCAGCUGCCCAACCUAGUGCACCUGAACCUUAGCCGGAAUCGCGUGCAAGACGUGGCCGACCUGGGCUUCAGGGAACGGGCGCCGCCACCGCCGCCGCCACCGCAGCCGCUGAUCGCCGGCCACGACGACGACCACGUGUACGACACGGAUCCGUACCAGCGGCGCUCGGCUACCGCCUCGGGUCCGUGUCCGCUGGACGUGCGAACCGUGGACGUAUCGUGGAACCGCAUCGGCCAUUUGCCGACCAACGGUUUCGGCUCGUUGCGGCGGCUCGCCGAGCUCCGGAUGGCCGGCAACGAGAUCGCCGUGGUCAACGAUCGGCCGCUCGCCGGCCUCGCCAGCCUCGAGGUGCUCGACAUGUCCUGCAACCGCAUCGUGUCGCUGCCUGUGGACAUGUUCAAGGAUGUGGCCGACACCAUCAAGCAGAUCUACCUGCAGAACAACUCGAUUGGCGCGCUCACGCCCGCGCUCUUCGUCAACCUUUACCAGCUGACUACGUUGGACCUGUCUUUCAAUCAGCUGACCAGCGACUGGAUCGAUGCAUCCACGUUUACCGGACUUAUCCGGUUGGUCACGUUGAACCUGUCCAACAACAGGAUAACCAAACUGGACCCGACCAUGUUCCACGACCUGUAUACGCUGCAAAUACUUAACCUGGGCGGCAAUCUGAUCGACUCGGUGCCGAACGACGCUUUCAUACCGCUCCGGAAUCUCGACACAUUGGUGCUGUCCAACAACCGGAUCGUCGAAAUCGGCCCGCUGGCGCUCAACGGGCUGUACGCGCUCACGUUGCUCUCGUUGGAUGGCAACAAGCUAGCGGACGUUCACGAGGACUGCUUCAAGAAUUGCACCACGCUGCAGGACCUGAACCUGAGCGGCAACGUGUUCAGGUCGGUGCCGGCCGCGCUCCGAGAGAUGAGACUGCUGAAGACCGUGGACCUGGGCGAGAACCGGAUCGACUCCAUCGACCCGGACUCGUUCUACGGCAUGACCAACCUGUACGGGCUGAGGCUGAUUGGCAACCGGCUGCGUAACCUCACGUCACAUUUGUUCGACAACCUUGUGUCGUUACAGAUAUUAAACGUGGCGCACAACCAAAUCGACUACGUGGCUCCGGACGCGUUCCACAACAUGACCACCAUACAAGCGAUCCGGCUGGACGGGAACCGGCUGUCGUCGAUGGAACGGCUGUUCCGGAACGUGACAAGCCUGUUGUGGCUGAACGCGUCGGACAACGUGCUCAACGACUUUGACUACGGCAUGUUGCCGGAGCAGCUCGAGUGGCUGGAUGUGCACAAGAACUACUUGACAGAGCUGUCGAACAGGAACGGCGCGACAGUACGCAUCCGCACGCUGGACGUGCGGUACAAUUACUUGACGUACAUCGGACCGUCUUCGGUGCCAGACGCGGUGGAAAUCCUGCUGAUGAACGACAACCAGAUCAUGACGGUGGAGACCAGCACGUUCCUGGCCAAGGUGAACGUAACGCGGGUGGACAUGUAUGCGAACCAGAUCGGGCAGCUGGACGUGAACGCCUUGCGGCUGGCACCCGUGCCGCCGGACCGGCCGCUGCCCGAGUUCUACAUCGGUGGCAACCCGUUCCAGUGCGACUGCAAGAUGGAGUGGUUGCAACGCGUGCACUUGCUGGAGGCCCUGCGCCAGUACCCGCGCGUCAUGGACAUGGGUUCGAUCUACUGCAAGCUGCUGUACAACCGCGAGAAUCGGUACGUGCCGCUGGCCGACAUCGAGCCCGCGCAGUUCGUGUGCACAUACAAGACGCAUUGCUUCGCGGUGUGCCAGUGCUGCGAGUUCGACGCGUGUGACUGUGAGAUGACAUGCCCGGUGAACUGCACGUGCUACCACGACCAGCCGUGGUCGUCCAACAUCGUGGACUGUUACUCGUCCAACUACACGCAGCUGCCGGCCAAGAUCCCGAUGGACGCGACCGAGGUGUACCUGGACGGCAACCUGUUCUCGCACCUGUCCAGCCACGCGCUGCUCGGCCGCAAAAACCUGCGCAUACUGUUCGCCAACCACUCGGGCAUACGGUCCGUGCGCAACGACACGUUCACCGGGCUGAAGCGGCUGGCCGUGCUCCACCUGGAGCACAACGCAAUCGAGCGGUUUGACGGGUCCGAGUUCAACACGGUGGAGAACCUGCGCGAGCUGUACCUGCAGCACAACCGUAUCGGGUACCUGAACAACAUGACGUUCGAGCAGCUGCGCGGGUUGCGCGUGCUGCGGCUCGACCACAAUCGGCUGCGCGACUACGACGUGUGGAUACUGUCGGCCAACGCGCGGCUCGCCGAUCUCCGGCUGGCCGACAACCCGUGGUCGUGCGAGUGCGAGUUCGUCCAGUCGUUCCGUCGGUUCAUGAUGACGGCCGUGGACGUCGCCGACGCCGGCCAAGGGCCGCGCGUCACCGACUCCGCGGCGGUCGCGUGCCAUGCUGACGACGGCGCCGCGCGUGACCUGAGCAUCCGCGACCAGAACGCGACCGAGUGCCGUUCGUUUUUCGGUUCGAUCGUCGAGAACCGCAUCGUCCGGCACGUGCUGCCCACCGCUCUGACCGCCGUGUGCGUCGUCCUGGCCCUGGUACUCGUUCUGUACCUGGCCGUCGUAUACCGGCACGAGUGCCGCGCCUGGGUGUACCACAAGUGCGGGUUCCGUAUUUGCCACAAGACCGUGCCGUACGAGGACGACCGCAUGUUCGACGCGUAUGUCGCGUACAGCAUCAAGGAUGACGGGUUCGUCGCUCAGAUGUUGGCGCCCGGGCUCGAGCAGGGCGACCCCAGGUACCGGGUGGGUCUGCACUACCGUGACUUCAACGUCAGCUCGUUCGUGGCCGACACCAUCGUUGAGGCCAUCGAGUCGUCCAAGCGCACCAUUCUGGUCGUAUCCAAGAACUUCGUAGAAUCCGAGUGGUGCCGGUUCGAGUUCAAGUCCGCACUGCAUGAGGGCCUCAAGGACAAGCACGGGCGCCUGAUCGUCGUCACCCUCGGUGAGAUACAGCCUAAGGACGUCGACCCGGAGCUCAGAUCGUACAUGAAGAACGCAGUGCACGUCAACUGGGGCGACCGCAUGUUCUGGGAGAAGCUCAAGUUCGCUAUGCCGGACGUGAUCAAGUGCCAGAGCUUGAUAUCCCGGUCCCGGAACGGCGUCAACAUAUACGCCACGCCACUAAGGACGUCCUACUCGUUCGCCACCCAACCGCCCAGGACCGCGGCUGACGCCGCUUCGGUGCAGUCCAGCAAGUAUUACCUAUCACCGGCCUACGUGGAUUCUUCGCAGCACCUUUGGGCGUAAUCCGCAGUAGCCAGUGUUUUUGCAAUGUCGACGAGGAGCCGCUCAAACCAAUAAAACUAAAAAAAAAUUUCAAAUAUACACGCGUAUCGCACGUGAUACUUUUACUUAAAAAUUGUAUUUUCUACGUUCCCAUUACUACAUAACAUCUUUAUAUUUCGGUCGAUCAACUUAUUAUUAUAAUUAUUAUUAUUAUUAUUAUUAUUAUUAUUAUUAUUAUUAUUAUUAUUAUUAUUAUUAUCAUUAUUAUUAUUUUGUACACUUUUAGAACGUUAAGAAUAUUUGUAUAUUAGUUUUAAGUUUCCCAUUGGAUUUCUAGUCAAAAUUCUCGCGUACACCCGCCACUACUGGCGUGCAACAGAACGGACGAUACGGACGCUAUCGUUGCUGUAAGGGAUACUCGUCACAUCCUAAAUCCCACGUGCUCGCGACUGUUCAGCGAAACGAGAGGAACACGUUGUAUUUAUACACACUUUGUGCAGUCAUCUUUGCCAUCUGUCGUUGGCGCAGUGCUCUUUUAUUUGACCUGCGUCCUGAACGCGCAACAACCCUUUUGUCCGUAUCGGCGUCACGGUGAUUCUCACCACCGCCGUUUUGAAUGUUUGUACGAAAAUAUAUGCGUGUGUACACCUGAACGCAUAUUGCGUAUAUAUACGUGUAAUCCGUACAUAUGUAAGUGUAUCCGGUUCGCGACCGUUUUUCAGCUGUAAGCCAAAAUUAAUCUAGUUAGUGUAUAGAGAAACGUGUACUUUUUCGCACGGGUACUAAAAAAAAAAAAAAAAUUGACUUUUCCAGUGCUUCGAUUUUUUUCUUCUAUUUUUUUUUUCUCUUUCAGCAUUUAUCCCACCUGCAUACGAAUUUUUAAAUUAUAUAACAUUGUGCAAGAUCUAUGUAUUUUAUCUUUAAACAAUGUAUUAAAAAUAAAAAAAAAAACACGACAUUUUUUUUAUCACCUUACGUUUGGAUUGCUCUGAGAUAUUAAUUACAAUAUUAACUAACCUUUAUUAUUAUUAACAUAACAUUCUAAGCACACGGGUUUCCGACUUUCUUUUUUGUCCGGGCGAUCUAGUCAUGUUAAAUACUUCAUUUUAUAUAAAUAUAUAAGAUAAAUUAUAUAUUCUCAGCUGUGAUAAUAUAUUUAAUAUGAUUUAUAA